UCCUGAGAUCAGCGCAUACAUUCACCAGGCCACGAAGCGACGACUGUGCAAGGGCCUCUUUGAUCUCUUUCGCGCAAAUCAAGCGCUAGCAGACAGACGCUGGCGCGGUCUGUGAGGAGAGCUUCGAGCCAGCUGUCUUAUAAAGGAGCACGUCGGAACGCUCCUUGUGGGUGCCCUUGACGCGCUUCGCUCUCCUUGUGGACACCACUUGUAACACCAUCAACAUCAAUUUCGAUCUAGCCUUUGCAGCGUAGGCCAAGUCUCCCUCCCCUGUCAUGACGAGCAGCGCCGACCUCAAAGAGCGGGCUGCCGUCAUCUCGGCGGGCGUGAAGCUGCUACCAAUGCUGCUCACCCACCCGCCUUACAUUCCUGCAAGCAUGAAGUCCGACGAGCUGAAUCAGCGACACCGCUUGCUAGACAUGCAGCCAGACGAGGAUGGCUACCUCUUCAGCGAUGUGUUUGGUCAUGCUCCUGGCACAGCUACGCGUGUCACUAGUCGCAUCCAAGCUCUCCAGCAGCAGCUCGAAGCGCUGCUCGGCAUACAACCGAGCGCUGCCAGUGCUGUCAAGAAAGUAGUCGGCGAAGUGACUUUCAGCGCUCCAGAGCAGACUUUUGCGCUUGCUUGUGUAAGCCUAGGCAACAUCAACAGCAAGAAGCCUCUCCUCGAUCUGGUAUUGCGCAGAGCCAUGGGCGUCUCGGAGGACGAUGCGGAGCGAAUUUGGAAGUUUGACAAUCUCGUUCCCGCCGGCACCCUGCCUGGUGCGUGGGUCAGCAGUCUGCAACAAGCCUACGAGACACACCGACAAGAACAAGUCCGUGCGAGUAUCGCCCGUCAAGCCGGUCGCGAACGCAACGUCUCCGUGGACAGCACAAACGUACCGAAUUUCGAUCGCUCAUACAGCGACAGAAGCCUUGGCACCACGCGCACGUACAACUCUUUUGCCACUGCAGCUUCGAGUUUCGAAGAAGACCAUAUCGCGAAAUCUCAAGCCGAUGCUUCGGCCAAGCCCUCUCCUGGUGCUGAGUACAUUACUGACCCGGACGAGUUCUGGGGCGGUGUGGAUGAUGGUGAUGACGAGGACUCAGCCCAAGACGAAGCUCAGGAGCCUGCCACUGAAGCCCCCGAGGCAGAGCAGAAGGCUGAGGAUGAUUACUGGGCCCGUUAUGACUUGCAGCAACCUGCGGCGGAAGGGCGUAGAAGCUCCGUGAAUGGCGAACAGCACGGUGGCGAUAUUGACGGCGUAGGCUCAACGCAAGGCUUGUCAUCUGCCCACUCAGCGAAUCAUUUCAGCGACUUUUUGAGCGUAGGCUCUGCCAUUGCCGGUGCCGAACACCGAGAACUGAGCCUGCACGCUGCUGGCAUGUCUUCGCCGGUCGAAGUCCAUAAUGAGCCCGCACUAGCAUCCGGCGGUCUCACGAUUCAGGCCCUUGAUCGUCACGAUGCAAAGCCACAACAACCACAAUGGUGGGAAAUCCCGAAUGGAAUCACGGAGCGCGAGCCUGCUCGACCCAAGCUGGGCCGCUUGUCAUCAAUCCGCUCUGACGCCACGGACUACGGCACUGAGACAUUGCAGGAUCAUCGGUCUCAAAGUACGCAUGCCGAUGGCAUCUCCAUGUUACCGAACACAAGUGAUAUAUUGCCUCAUGAAGAUCCCGAUGUUGGCGUCGAGGAUGAUGAAGAGCGGGGAAUCGCGGACGUUGUAACCGGAGAGGACUUCGCACUCGACCCUAUUCCCGAAGCAAUCGAUCAUCAGGCCACGGACGACCCUUAUGAGGAUGAAGAGUCAGCGAGUCCAAAAGAUUCAAAGAAGGACAACUUUGGACUGGACACCAUUUCUGACAAGACCGGUGGUCAUGACUUUGACUUGGAUGAACCCGCCUCUUCGAAAGCUACGGCUCCGGAUGUUGGUCAAACAGCGCAGUCAAUCGUAGAGCCGGAUGGCGACGCUCUAGUCUCGCAGGCCGGUCCUAAAGUGAUGAUCGCCAAGCCAAGUCGUGAUGACCUCGUUGCUGAUAGCCCUCAAGCUCCCAACGACGAGGAAUUAGAGGCAGCAGAGGCUGAGGACGAACUAGGAGCUGUCCUCUCACGGUCUCGAGCCGGUUCGCUGCUUCCUUCCUCCCCAACUGCAAGUCUGAGCAGCGUCAUGGCCCCGCGGCCCCCACGCAGCGUUGUCAGUGUGCAGUCAUCCUACGAUACUCCAGCAGACAUGGAGCUUGCCGACCUCGAAGCUUUCUACAGAGCACGCGAUCAAAAGCGUCAAGAAGAGAAGCGCGAGCGAAUACGUCGGGGCGGGCAGCUUCCAGGGAUUGACGAUGACGAGAAUCGUGGAGUCAAGUCGCCUAGUUCUCAUCAGAGCCCCGCGACACGCGAGCGAAGUCUCAGCAUCAAAGAUCUCGACCCCAUCACCGCUCUUGGAAUUGCACCCAAGUCGGCUCGUGAAAGCGACCAGCCGCGCAAGGUGGUCCGCAACGCUUCCAUGGAUGCUCUCAGACGCCUUGCCGAGCAGCAAGAAAGAGAAAGCAAUAUGCGAUGGGGUGGUGUUGCCGGCUCGGAAAUAAGUCGUCAAUCCUCGGGCUCGAAAUCGGCACAGAAAGGCGGCGGUUUUGGUAGCUUCUUGCAAAUGGCGCCGAGCGAAGUCACCGACGUCAGCUCCGUCUCUUUCGCCAAGGAACCGCCGCUGCCAUCUCCGACGUACCUGCCUCAGGUCAAUGACCCAUUUUUGCCACAAAACGAAAGCGAACAUCAGGCUACUUCGACACUGGAGGCUGCUGAUGAGGUACCUGAACUGUCUCAGCCUAAUGAGGAGACCAACGAAUCCGAUCAACACGCAUCCGCCCUGUCCAGAGGCCGGCUUCAACAAGGCGAAGCUGACACAACUUUGGAACAUCCUGAGGGCACAGAGGCUCGAGGAGCGCCUGAAAAUGAGGCUGCAGAUGAACAGCACGAUUUGGACCUCACCUUGGACGACGAAGAAGCCACGAACAUUGGCCAUGCCAUCGCUUCUGAGAUGCAGCUUGACACUCAGGAAGCUCAGCGCGUUACGAAGGAGCUGGACAAGCAAGAUCUGGAUCCGCAAAACUCGCAGGUGGCCAUCGGCGAGGACAAGUCCGAUGAGAAUGAUGCAGUGGACGACGAAAGGUUCAAUCAGAAAGAACUUCACCUGCCGCUGCCGGAGGCAAAAAGCUUCCUCCCCUCCGAAGCCUUCAAUCUCAAGGUGCGACACGCCAUCGAUUCACCCAACGCAAGCGAAGGCGAUUCCCUGGUUCGUCAAGUGACAAAUAGCAUGCGCGGUCACGGCAAGGGUCGGGCACGAGUCUCGCCUGGUGGCAGCUCGGUCAUUGCUGCGAGUGACAGCUUCAUGCCGAGCGCAGCUUCGGACGCUUCCGUGCGUCCACUCUUUGGCAGUCGUCAGGGAUCCUGGCCUUCGCAGACCGACUCGCCCGACUCUGGACCUGGUAAGCUCGCGGCACGCGCUCUUCGUCCUGCGCGCACACGCUUCAACCUGGAAACGUUUCAAGAGACAGACUUUGACGAUGGAAAGUCGAUUUCCUCGACGCAGCAGCAGCUUGGUCUGGAUAGCCCCAGCGAGGCCCCGGUGAAGCCAGGCGUGGGAGUCAGCUCAAAUCGGUCUGACCUCGAUGGUGCUAGCAAUGAUCAGUCGAUACAGUCCAAGCCUGUCAAAUUCCGUGCAGUUGGUUCUGGUCCGCCUCCUAGUGCGACUUCUGCUCAUACAGCCAACAUGCUCCACGACUACCUAAAGCAGCAGCGUCGACAAGCUCUACAAAGUAAACGCGACCGUGUCGUUCAGAAACAACAGCAGCGCACAAAGUAAGUCGUUGAGCUUGUGGGCCCAACGUACCAAAUAUGUAAACUCACCCUCUUUGCACGUCCUGCAAUCAGUUCGGAAAAGCAAGUACAAGACGCCGGCUACUUCAACAUAGACACGUACGACGAUCGGACGCCCAUGCCCCUUGAGCGUGACGCUCAACAGCUGGCUUCGGGGUUUGCUGACGGAAACGAAGCGAGGCCGACAAAUCCACGUGCGCUCAC